AUGCCACAGAAGGGAAAGCGUUCGAGGGCGCAGAAGCUGCGCUGGAGCAAGCCGGACGAGGUGACCCAGCCAGAGACGCCGCCGCCAGCCCAGCCGUUCUGGACCCAGAGGGAUGGAGCCAGCCCCUCCCAGUCUCCUGCCCAGAAGAUGAAGAAGCUGUGGACCCCUCUGCCGAUCUCACCCUCCUUCUCUCCUUACCAGGCUGGAAGGGUGUCCCCCUCUGACUUCCGCCCAGGCCACGGUACGGGUCACCGCCAUCGCGUGCUGAAGUGGGACAAGUCCACCUUCACUCCCCAUUUCCGGAAGUUGGUUGUCCCAGCGGAGUCACCUGACAAGAAGUUCGUCCUGCUUGUUGGUGACUCCCACCUUCGGCCCAUCGCGGACGGGUUGGUGGGACUGCCGGACCGACGUCUGUCCUGUGGCGUCCUGUCUGUCCCUGGGGCGUCGGCACUUGAGUUGCGUACUGAGGUGCUGAAUGCUGUACUGCCUCGCUCACCCGCGGCAGUCUGCAUUUUGGCACCCAGUAACGACUUGAGCGCCAGCGGGACCGUCACUCAGGCAGGUGUCGCGUUUGGUAAGCUCCUGCUGACUGCCUGUUCGACCUGGCCCAACGUGUGUGUUUUGGACUUCCCUCGCCGUCUCACCGUAGAGCUGGACCUCCAGGAGCUUCUAAGCCAGGAAUACCACCGUGUGGCUGCACGUAUGGGUGUCAGGUCCAUCUCAGCAAGGAGGGUGGGAUGGAGAGGCUUGCGGAGUUGCUGUGGUGGACCCUCCACCACCAGCUGGAGUCCACAGUCCCGAGGGUCCAGACGCCUCCGAGGACAUCGCCUCCUGCCAGACGUGUCGUCCCGAGGGCCCAGACUUCUCCCAGGACGUCGCCUCCUGCCAGACGUGUCGUCCCGAGGGCCCAGACUUCUCCCAGGACGUCGCCUCCUGCCAGACGUGUCGUCCCGAGGGCCCAGACUUCUCCCAGGACGUCGCCUCCUGCCAGACGUGUCUCACCAAAAGUGGUUGUGA